AUGAAGGAACCAAUGUUCCAGGAGCCAUCAUCAGAAAACGAGGUAAGCGUUGCUCGAGCUAUUUUCAACAACGAAAGCGAAUUCGACGAGGAGUUACCUUUCGAGAAAGGAGACGUGCUACGAGUUCUGAGCGAGCGACCUGAAAUUGAGGGUAUAUCGGACGGUUGGUGGCUGUGCGUGGAUCGGAACGGCAGGAAAGGACUUGCGCCAGCUAAUCGACUACAAGUGAUGCACCGAUUCGACAAAGGCUUUUUUCAAGUUGCGAACCCGCUGUUCGACGAUUUCUACAUGUUCAAUCAACAACCAGGAUCCCCGUUCGAUGAUCCAUUCUUUCGAGAGCGACCUCGAUUUUUUCGACGCGAUAUGUUUGACCGAUUUGCUCCGAUAAGAAGAAUGAACAGUUGUGACGAUGCGCUGAGAGGAGUUGGAAUUGUUCGGAAUAUACCGAUUCGAGUCGAGGGCCAAAAUGUUGAGCCGAGAAACACGGACGGUUUCUUUGCUGCCGUUCCCAACAACGCCGGUGGUAGAGGAGGAUAUCAGAGGAGAUUUAGUGAAAGUGAAACUGGACCGUCUACUCCUGGAGAGUUGAGAAGGGCGUUGAGCAGCGGACGAUUGUCGCCGACGGACGCACGAGCUCCGAUUUCCAGGAAUUCUGCAGAUGAAGAAGAACGACGAAGCAUUCGUAGCGACAUUGGUCCGCAUCGGACUUUGAUUAUUCCUAGUACUAUUCCUGGAAAAAUUAUUGAAAUCCCGCUUGGAUCCGUUAGCUUGAACUCUUCACGGCAAGACCUGAUGGUACCACGGAACGAGCGCGACCGAAGUCCCAAGCCGGAGUCACAGAUGGAGAAGUUGACGCAGAGGCUGAGAAAUCUGGCUAAACCGUUUCGUAACCCCAGUCAUUCGAAUGAGGUCGUUGAGCGUGACAGCAAGCUGCGCAGUUCCAGUCCGGACAGUAGCGGGAUUUCGGCUGACAUCACCGAUUCGAACUCAGGAGAGGAUGCCAAGAGAGCAAGUGAUUUGUCGUCGCUGUCCAGUGUCGAUCCUAACAGUUCGAUCUCGGAUUCCAGUGAAGAGCCAAAAUUGCUACCGCCUGCCAUUGUUCGUCAUCCUCGACAACCUUACUUAACCAGACUGACACGGGAGAAUCCUGUCAGUACUAGCGUGCUCCAGACAAUGUUCGACAACAUCGAAAGACCUGAGCUGAAACGAUUUGCAGAAGGGAAUAAUGGAAAGGAGUGGCUUAUCCCAACAACAGUUGAGGAAGACAUGCGCAGGAAUGACUCAGCUGAUUGGAAUCUCAUUCCAACUACUGUAGCGCCGUCGAAAACAGCAUCAGGAAGUGAUAUCGUGGAUGAAGCAGUGCAGGCUAGAAAACGUAUUGUUUGUUCGAAGAUGACCGAAUGUUUGAGAGUGAUCGAAAACUCCUGUUCACAGAUUGAUAAGGUAACAGCACCUAAGCUGUGGCGAGCACCUCACCUUCUCCAAGCGAACCUGAAUAGCCUUCGAGAUGCGGUCACGACGGCGCAGGAAGCCUUGGAUAUGUUUGUGGACGGAACCGGUAGAAUUUCAAUCGAUCGAAAGAACCCGAAAGCUGAUGAAUUCGACGGUCUCCUGAAACCUCUCCUCGAUACAAGAGCUCAGAUUGCAACACUGCGAAAAAACCUCGACAGCGCUGGCUGGACCGUCUCAGUCUUAUCCAGAGACAGCGAAAGCUCGCAUUCCAUGGACGCUCUGGAACAAUUUAUCGCUGCUCUUCGUAAGGCUCCGUCCGAUUGUCGACGUCUUCUGCAGUGGACCCAACUUCUUAUUCCUUCUCCUACUGUCAUAUUCCUCAGUCCGUUGACUAAUAUUAAACCGGAAUUCCCUAAACCAAUUAUCACGUCUCAGCUGAAAACGGCUGAGAAAUCGGCGAAUUCGCUUGGAUCUCCACCAUUUUUGGACGAAACGAAACGUUUGUCCUCAUCCUCCACCUCCACAGUGACAUCGUCGGAUUCAUCACAGCCCUCUUCUAUUCUAGUAACCAAGCACAAUGGGGAUAAACCGAAAGGACGGGUUACAUUUGCCGAUGAGCCACGUGAUCGUCCAUCGGCCACCUCUUCAGUGGAUUCAAACGGAGAUUACGCGAAGCCGAUGCCAAGCAGUUCAUCACGAUAUGGGCCACCUCUGUCGUCCGUGAAUCGUCUCCAGGAAACCAGAAUUAUUGAAGAAGAUGAUCUCGAGUCUGUUGUUAGUGAAGGAGAAAGCUUGUAUCAGGACUACGCGUAUUUGGACGACGUUGUACCAGGUCGAUCCAACGGCGCAGUUAACUUUGCAUUCAACGGGAAUAUUAGUGACGAGGACCGCCAACUCGUGCGCUUCUAUGCUCCACAACUAGACCAACAUACGGAAUCACUCUCCUUAGCGGUUGAAGAAUUCCUCGGAACCGUAGAAAAUAAUCUGCCUCCACGAGAGUUUGUACAGAAGGGGAAGCUGAUUAUUUUGGCGGCUCAUAAGCUGAUCUACAUCGGUGAUACGGUAUCGCAGUGUGUUGGCGACCAGUCAGCAAGUAAUAGCCUCCGACAAUGUGCUGAUCGCUUAUGCGAACUACUCAAGGAGUGCGUGAAGGCAACGAAGUUGGCAUCAGAAGAGUAUCCGGAGCUGAAGAGCAUGCAAGGAAUGGUGGACAGUAUUAUUGCAGUCUCGAAAACGGCACACGAAAUGAAAUUGCUUGUGAAACGAUGGUGCUAA